AUGAUUGAUGGUCUUAUGAAUGCGGAAGAUGAAAAUGGAAACAAAUUGGACGAUGAACAAGUCAUUGAUAUAAUGUUAAUGUAUCUGAAUGCUAGUCAUGAGUCUUCAGGUCAUAUUACCAUGUGGGCAACAGUUUACUUGCAGCAACACCCAAAAUGUUUCCAAAGGGCUAAGGUGAUUGAUGAAACCAUGUGUUUAGUAACUUUCUCAUUGACUGUCUUCAGAGAACCAAAAUCAGAUGUGAAUAUCAAUGGCUAUCUUGUUCCAAAAGGAUGGAGAGCCCUUGCUUGGUUCAGGACUAUUCAUUAUGAUCUUAAGAUUUAUCCAAAUCCCAUAGAAUUCAAUCCUUCCAGAUGGGAUAAAUUUAUGCCAAAAGCAACUGAGUUUAUGCCGUUUGGAGUAGGAAGCAGACUGUGCCCAGGAAAUGAGCUUGCAAAGUUGGAGAUUAUUGUAUUUCUUCAUCAUUUCCUUCUCAGUUAUCGGCUUGAAUGUUUGAAUCCUAAGAGUCCUGUGAUGUACCUUCCAUAUGCAAGGCCCAUUGAUAAUUGCGUGGCAAGAAUUCAUAAAGUCUCUAAAGCAUGA